AUGAAUUUUACAUUAUCAAGGCGUACAGAGCAGGCACAAAGACGUAAAUCAAUUGCACUAAGAGGACAACCUGCUCCUGUAAAUGAGAACUCACCUACGGAUUGCUUAAAAGAACCCAUUUCUCAACUUGCCUCGUCAUUCGAAACUUUACAAAAAAAUUUCGAAGAAUUGCAGGUAGUUCAUGACUCGUUUGCUGAAUUUAAUGAGUCUUUUUCGGCUUUUCUAUAUGGAUUGAAAAUGAAUGCCAAUUGUAUAGAGUUUAGUGAGGCACCGAUAAAGGAAGCUUUCUCUAGAUAUACAAAUAAAAAAGUGGGGACACCCAGAAAAUCUCCGUUCAAGUCGCCACGCAAAUCCCCUUUCAAAUCGUCACGUAAAACGCUCGCUAAGGCACAACUCACUUCAUCCUCUGUUAAACAUUUUCAAUUUCCUACUUCACUUAUAAAAAAUAUUCAAUCACCCGAAUCAACGCCCAUUCCAACACCUACUAAAAUACCACCACCAAAUUUUAUUAAAAGAGUAAUCGAAGGAUUACCGUUGAAGUAUCGUGAACAACAGCCACAUAGGACAAAUGUAGAAGAUUUACUUAGACGACUAUUCGCAAAUCCAAAAGGGCUUAAAUUUGAAGAGAUUAUGCAAAAAAGUAAAUUACAACGCGUUCGAUGUAACGAAUAUCUGGUUGCUCUUGUUCAUGCUAAAGAAGUUACUAAAGAGAAUGUUAUUGGCUCAGGGCAAAACGUCACAUGUAAAUCUGAUCAUUUAUCACUGAAUUCUGCCUAUAUUUCAUUGUUUUUGACCCGUUUCCCUGAAAAGAAAGUAAUGACUCUCGAUACUGCCGGCAAGGUUUUUAGCGUCGCGGGUAGAGGUUUAAAAUUGGAUACUACCCAAGAUGUUCAAGAGUUCGUCGAUACAAUAAUUGGAGCAAAAGACCUUGAAGAAGUAGUGUUGAGCGGGAAUACCUUUGGAGUUGAAGCUGCUCAAGCUAUUGGUCGUGCAUUAAAAGAAAAAACGGAGCUUAAGAUUUUGAAUGCGGCAGACAUCUUUACUGGUCGGCUUCGCGAAGAAGUUCCUCCCGGUGUAAAAGCUUUAUGUGAUGCAUUAAUUGACAAAGAAAAACUUGUUGAAGUAAACUUUAGUGAUAAUGCCUUUGGACCUGCUGGUGCCGAACCCAUGGUUGAUUUUCUUGUUCAUAAUAGAUGGUUUCAAGUUCUUAAAAUCAACAAUGUCGGUCUUGGUCCACGUGGUGGCAACAUUAUUGGAAAAGCAUUACUUGAAGCAGCACAAAUUAAUACUAAAGAGAAUCAUUCAUCACCGCUCAGAACAAUUGUUAUGGGUAGAAAUCGGCUGGAGAAUGAUUCGAGCAAAACGCUUGCUAACGCCAUUGCAGCACAUGGGAAUUUAGUAGAAAUCAUAAUGCCACAAAAUGGUAUCCGGCCUGACGGAAUUAUUACUUUUUCGCAAGGGUUUGCUGCUUGUAAGAAUUUGGAAAUACUCGAUUUACAGGAUAACACAUUUACCGAUACUGGUUCCCGCGCAUUUGCGCAGGCUCUUCCGAAUUGGCCUAAUCUAAAGUUACUAAAUAUCGGAGAUUGUUUGUUAAGUGAAGAGGGUGGUAUUGUUGUCGCAGAAGCUCUCUUAUUGGGACAUAAUACUAAACUCCAUACUCUGAAUCUUCAGUACAACGAAAUUGACAAGAAAGGAAUCGAUAUACUGGCAUCUGCAAUCUCUUCCCAUCUCAAAAAUUUAAGUUCUCUCGAAUUGAAUGGCAAUAAAGUCUUAGCUGAGGACGCAUCCAUCAAAAAGGUCAGCAUGGCUUUAGAACUUCAUGGGUUUCCCGAAGCUCUCGGUGAAUUGGACGAUAUGGAAGUUACGGACGAAGAAGGAGACGAAGAGGAUGUGGAACCUAUACCCAAAGGUAAAGAACCUAUUUUACAAAUUCAAAAAGGGGCAAAUACAGAAGAGAAUCUGGAAGAUGUUGAAUCACCAUCGAUAUUAAAUGAAGGUCAAGUGGAACAACUAACUGAGAGCUUCUCUAGGAUCUCUCUUUCCUCUUAG